AUGAGGGCUAGUUUGGUGCAGCAGGGUCCUGGACAUUACGUUGCAUUUGGCACCAGUGUCAAUUUUAAUCUUCAAGGGUUGGCUUUUAUUAUCUAUGAUGAUAUUCCCAUCAAGAAACUUUUUGGGGCUGUUUGUGCAGUAGGCAUCGGAGGAACUUUCCAGUAUGGAUACAAUCUAUCACUUAUCAAUGCACCUACAACAUAUGUUCACAAGUUCAUUAACGAUACCUGGUAUUCACGCUACCAAACCCAGAUACAGGAAAAUAUUUUGACGCUUAUCUGGUCUGUAAUUGCUUCAGUGUUUGCAAUUGGAGGUCUCAUCGGGACAUUUAUUGGUGGCCAUGUAGCGGUAAAGCUUGGCAGGAAACAGGGUCUUCUGGUGAAUAACGUUUUAGCAAUUCUCGCUGCUCUCUUCAUGGGAAUUGCAGAACCAGCUGGAUUAUUUGAACUUUUGAUAGUUGGGAGAUUCCUAAUAGGCAUUAAUGCAGGUGUAGGAAUGUGUGUACAGCCAUUAUAUCUCGGGGAAAUAGCUCCCAGGAGCAUGAGAGGCCUCACAACAGUGAGCAUAAACAUAUCUCUGACUGUUGGGAUCUUGGCAGGACAGAUUGUUGGUUUACGGGAGGUACUGGGUGGUGAGACUUCCUGGUCAUUACUGUUAUCUACAUGUGCCAUACCAGCUUUAUUACAGCUAAUUACAUUGCCAUGCUUUCCUGAAAGCCCCAGAUAUCUUCUAAUAGAGAAAAAAGAUGAAUAUCAAUUUCAGAAAGCCUUGAAAUCAAUGUAUGGUUCACAUAACUACCAGAUGGAGAUGGAUGAUAUUCAGAAAGAGUCACUUGAAUUAAACGGGGAGAAACAAAAAAAGAUGCUGGAAUUAUUCUUCGAUCAGUCAGUAAAAUGGCAGCUGAUCUCCGUUAUUGUACUCAAUGCUGCACAGCAACUGUGUGGGAUUAACGCAAUAUAUUUUUAUGCUGAUUAUGUGUUUAAAAAAUCUGGGAUUCCUACUGAAAAGAUUCCUUACAUCACACUGGGGACUGGCAUCUGCGAAUGUAUUACUGCUAUGACAUGUGGUCUGCUUAUAGACAGAGCUGGAAGACGGGUUCUAAUUAUUGGAGGAUACACGAUGAUGGCCUUUUGGUGCCUUGUGUUAACAUUGACAAUUACAUUACAGGAUGUUUUCCCAUGGAUGCCAUAUCUAAGUUUGGCUGGUAUCUUAGCUUUUAUAUUAAGCUUUGGUCUAGGACCAGGUGGUGUUACAAAUACCCUAGCUGCAGAACUCUUUACACAGUCUUCUCGCACUGGAGCAUACGUGAUAGGAGGAGCUGUAAAUUGGAUAGGGUUUUUCGCAAUUGGAAUUACCUUUCCAUUCAUAGUAAAUGGAUUAAAUCAAUAUUGUUUCCUGUUUUUCUUUGUUACGUGCAUCCUAAUAGCAGGAUUUAUCUACUUUAUUAUGCCAGAAACAAAAAACAAAUCCUUUCUGGACAUCAAAGCAGACUUCCAGAAACUCAACUACGGACAUUGUUAUAAAAGGCUACAAGAAGUAGAAGAUAACAGUAUUAUGAUGGAUGCAAACAUGUGAUGUAUUUUAUUGGA